AGGUGACCCGAGCGCGGGGCGGGGCCGGCGGGGCCGGCGCGGCGUGACGGGGCGGGGCGCAGCGCGGCGGAGCUGACCAGUAUGGGCGCCGUGGGUGCUCUCCUGUGGCCGGCGGCGUGGAAGCUGCACCAGAGGCGGGACAUCUCCUCCUGGCUGGCCAGAUGGUUCCCCAAAACCCCAGCCAAGGCUGUGGUGGCCCAGAAAACACCCAUCAAGGUGGAGCUGGUGGCUGGGAAAACCUACAGGUGGUGUGUGUGUGGCCGCAGCAAGAAGCAGCCCUUCUGUGACGGCUCCCACUUCUUCCAACGCACUGGCCUGUCCCCACUCAAGUUCAAGGCCCAGGAGACGCGCGCGGCGGUCCUCUGUACCUGCAAGGCCACCCAGAAGCCCCCGUACUGCGAUGGCACUCACAAGAGCGAGCGGGUGCAGAAGGCAGAAGUGGGCUCCCCACUCUGAGGGGGUGGCUGCCGCCCAGCGCCAGGCCUAGAGAGGUACCCCCAUCGUGGGGAAGGAAACGGAGUGCUGAGCCCAAGAAGGGAUCAUCCAGGGACCCCGCUACCCACAGCUGGCUUGUGAAAAACGUGCUCCCUGUAACUGAGGUCUCUAAUCUGGGGACCUCUAACCUGGUCCAACGCCUGCUGGUAGAUGAGAUGGCAUUAAACAAGCAUGCCUGCCCAGA